GCGCUGGCGCUGCUGCUGCUGCUGCUGCCCGCCUGCUGUCCCGUGCGAGCGCAGAACGACACGGAGCCCAUCGUGCUGGAGGGCAAGUGCCUGGUGGUGUGCGACUCGAGUCCGUCGGCGGACGGCGCUGUCACCUCCUCCCUGGGCAUCUCCGUGCGCUCCGGUAGCGCCAAGGAGGCCUUCUCGGCCACGCGGAGCACCAACCACGAGCCGUCCGAAAUGAGCAACCGCACCAUGACCAUUUACUUCGACCAGGUAUUAGUAAAUAUUGGCAACCAUUUCGAUCUUGCCUCCAGUAUAUUUGUAGCACCAAGAAAAGGGAUUUAUAGCUUCAGCUUCCAUGUGGUCAAAGUGUAUAACAGACAGACCAUCCAGGUCAGUUUAAUGCAGAAUGGCUACCCAGUAAUCUCAGCAUUUGCAGGAGACCAGGACGUUACCAGAGAAGCUGCCAGCAAUGGCGUCCUGCUGCUCAUGGAAAGAGAAGACAAAGUGCACCUCAAACUGGAAAGGGGCAACCUCAUGGGGGGCUGGAAAUACUCCACGUUCUCUGGCUUCUUGGUUUUUCCUCUAUAAGCACACAGCCUCCUAGAUGGUGGGGAAAUUGCAAUCUGGACCCAGGAAUCCACCCUUCACAACACCCUGAACUUGCCAGAACAGGACAACUUGUUUCCAACCUCUGUCAGACUGUUGCAGUAGAAGAAUGACUUCCUUCUAAAUCUUCAGUACUUUCUUUGAAUAUUGACAAUUCCUCGGGAACCUGGCUUCUAAUUAGUUUUAGACGACAAGGUCUUAAGGAGAAAUGAAAUGAUUGAUUUGAGCAAUUUGUACCUGUGAUUGUAAAAUCAAUAUCGGAUUUUAUUGUCGGGACCAUUGACUUAUCUUCUUUUGUUUGUAUGUUGUAUUGUUAUCCCAAUGGGAGGAGUACCACUGACACCGGGAUGGAUUGCAGGUUGCAGUCAGGGCUCAAAGAAAGAGCCCAGCAAGGAAGCACCCGCCGGACAGUCCUUGACAAGUGUUCCGUGUGUGUCUGUACAGCCUUAAGGAAAGAAUGACUUCACUUUCAUUCUGUAUUCUGCACCCCCCAGCCCUCCCCGGGGUGGAUGGGAGGACUUGGGAGGGGGAUGGGGACAUUGUCAACCUGUCAAGAAGUGCUUUAUCCAGAGAAGCAGAUUUUGCACGACUGGACAAUUGGAUUGCGACUUUUGUUUUGUAUUGUGUUUUUUUUUUCCCCAAAAAAGCUUUACUUUUCUUUCCAUGCUCAACUCUCCCUUUUCACCCCCACUUUUAUUUUUCAUGCUGGGGUGGGGAGAGAAAAUGUAUUUGAAUUCAUGGGUGAGACCAAAUCAAACCAAACAAAAGACACCUGUAUAUUUUGUUUUGGAUGAGACCAAACCAAACACAUAGAAUCUGUAUAUCAAAGUAAAAAUAACAAAUGGACGAUCUGCUUAUUCUUUCAAAGAGAAUCUCUCAGAUGCACCUUUAAAACUAGCAUACUGGAUUUUAUUUUGCUUUUAGUUUAUAAUCUGGAAUUCUUUAAUAACCUGGCAUUCUUGGGUGGGCCUGAGUCAUAUAAGUUGCUAGUGGAAGCUCUAAUGACCAAAUCCCCUGAACACACUGUUUGCCAAGUGUGCCGGUGACUUCUCAGCGGUGUGUUUUAAUUUAUUUGGAUCUGCCUCUGAGUGAGCACACAGUGAUCAGGUGCUUCAAAGACAACAGGACCAGCUCCUCUUCCUUGGGAUACUCUUUUGAUCUGCCAAGGGAAGGGAUGUGUUGAUAUUCUCCUCCGUGCACCUGGCGGGAAGCCACCUGGAAGUCACAGCAGUUAAAGGUAUUCGUGGAGGCACCCUAGGAGCAGUUUUACAAAUCCUUCUUGUUUUUGCACCAUGUACAACAAUAUUAUUAAGAUAUAGCUGAGAGUUGAUGGGUGUGGGAUUCGUAUGCCAGGGAAAUGUCACUAAUCCCAAAGCAAUCAAAGAUGAGACCUCAAAUCGGAUGUUAAUUUUGUCCUUUGUGUAACAAUGUAACCGAAAUAUUGAUGAUAAAAGUCAUAAUUCAAGAUUCAGAAUAAAUGGGUUUGAUGUCUGGCUUGCUCUGAUCCCUCCACAUUGUCUCCCAACUCAAAAUGUGUGGAAGUAAAUGCCUCCUGUCAAGGAUUUGGGGAAGGUAAAUCCAUACUGUGCCUCUUUAAAAAAACACACACACAACACUUAACACCCAUAGAUGCAGGUCUAGGUAUGGAUCUGGAUAGACAUGACACACUUAGAUACAUUUUAAUUUAUACAUAUAUCUUUCUCAAACAGGAAGAUUUGGGGGAAGAUAUGUGAAAAAAGACAACAUUAAGAAAGUUUUGUGAAUAGGCAAUAUGCUUUUAUCACACUCCAUCUUUGAUAUGGUACAAGUUCCAAUCAAAUAUUUCACUGAAUACCGAUAUAAGAGAAACUGGCAUUUGAUGAUAGCGUGAGUUGUUUAAAAAAACUUGUGAGAGGAUGGGGAGGCAUUGGAUUCGAUUUUCUAAUAAAUGCAGCGGGGUUUAUAACAAUGAAAAAAUGUGUAACAUGACUAUGGGUCUAAGAUUUACUGUUCUUAGAUUAAGAGCAUAAUAGGAUGAAGAAUUUAAUUUGAAUUAAGAUGCUGUUACAUCUUGUGGGGAAAAAAAUCAACCAGAAAUUAUUUGGAGUACUUUGGCUCUGUAAUUAGAAGACAUACUCCCAAACAAGAGCAUUGUUUAUUAAUGUGAUACCAUAAAUAGAAGGAUAGUGGAAUAUGUUUUCUCUCUGCUUUAUUGCUCUUAGUUAUUUUAGUCCUCUUUCCCUCGUUUCUUUAACCUUAUGUUCAAUUUAAAACAAACAGGAAACCUCAUUAGAGAGCAAUAUAGCACAUCAGAGAUUGGAAGAUGUAUGAGUACUUGUUAUUUUUUUCACUUAAUAUAUAAUAUACGUAUUCAUUUGUAUUUAUACCUUUAUUACAUACAGGUUGUUAUUGGGUUAUACUGUCUAAUAAAUAAGUUAUUAAAUUGAGCAAUCUAAAAAUAAGUAUAUUUCAGGAGUUUAUUUUAUGUUAGAAAAAAAGCUUUAUCCUGAUUACUCUCCUAUCCAUCUUGGUGUGUGUGUGUGUGUGUGUGUGUGUGUGUGUGUGUGUGCGUGCCCCUUGAAUUGGAUGCCAAAAACUACAUUAGGCAGAAACCUGCUGGUAGUGUCUCUGAUGUUUAUCAUUCACUGGAGCAUCUGCCAAGGUUUGAUUUGGCUAAGGAUCUUUGAAGGAUAAGUGUAUGGUCUACAAAAAUAUGUAGGUCAGAUCAAAAUUCAAAAUAUAUUUUCUUUUAAUUGAGAAAAAAGAAAGAGACACCUGAAUAUUUGAA